AUGCCAUUAGUAGCUGAGUUGCUCAAGAAAGGUUGCGAUUUAGCAGAAAAUGGCACUCCAGAUGAUCUGAAAAAAGCUAUCGAAAAAUUUUCCGAACUAAACUUUCCAAAUGUUGAUAUGCUUUAUCUUCGAGGUAAUGUCCAUCUGAAACUUGGCAUUUCCAGACAUUAUCAGGAAGCUAUUGAUGACUUUACUGAAGCGAUUCGUCUCGUUAACGACCCUGAUUUAUCACACGAAAAAUUUAAAUAUACUGCGGAAUUAUAUUACAAACGAGCAUUCGCCCAUCAAGUGCUCGGUGAGAAUGAUGAUGCUAUACAUGAUUACUCAUUGUUCAUUAGACGCGCACAUGAUAAAGGAAAUCAUAUCUUAGCCAAAGGGUAUUUAAGCCGUGGAUUAGUCUAUGAAUCCAUGCAACGUAUGGACAAAGCCUGGUGUGAUAUUAAUACGGCUAGUGAGCUAACUUGUAAGAAAAACCCUUACUAUGAAUAUUGCCGAGAGCGAGUACGCAUUGCUAUAUCGGAAAUACAUGACGAUAUGGAUGAUGAACAUGAACAUAUUAAUGAUAGUGUUAGAGAAAAUGAGAAUGGCGUAGAGGAUCAAGAUAAUGAAGAACUCAUGAAUAGUGAGACCCCGGCAUCGAUGGGACAGCAGAUGAAUUUGGACGUGACUAUUGAGGAGUCGAAAGUUAAGUAUGAGAAACUGUUCUAUGAUGCUCUUCUACGCAGUGAACAAGGACAUAUCGAAGAAGCACUCGAAAAGUUCAAAACUGCUUCUGAAAUUACGUCAAACAAGUACCAGAAAGCUGAAAGUUCAUUUCGACAAGGUCUUUGUUAUUACCAGCUGCAUGAUAACUCUCAGGCUCGCAAUUCCUUUGAAACAGCUCGUAAAUAUAAUCCAAAACACGCGCGAACUAUUUUUCGUCUCGGAAUGAUGCAAGCAGCUGAUAACCAGUUGAAAGAUGCUAUAAAAACUCUGUCUUUAGCAUAUAAAUAUGCGACUAAUGAUGUCGAUAUACUUUAUGAAAGAGCAAAUGUGUUUGAAAGGUUGGGUAAACUUCAAGAAGCUGUGUAUGAUCGUCGCUGUGCCAUGCAACUAUCACAAUCCUCAAACACUACAAUAAUUAUGCUCGAAGAUCGCAUUCGUCAUAUCAAGGCCGAAAUUGCUAAAGAAGGGGAGUCAUCUAUACGGCAUUUUAAGAUAGGCUGGCUAGAAGAGACACUACAAUGGUUUUAUAAAACUAAAAACGUAUACAUCCAUGAAGACAAGAAAAAGAUAGUCAACGUCACAAAAACGAGCAACUCUUUAUACGAGAAAGCAAUAAAUGAAUACAAGGCAGCUAUCGACGCCGACAAAGAACAAUGUUGUCCUGAAGCUUAUGCCGUCCUGAGUUUAUGCCAAGAUCAAGUGAAAGAUAUUCUAUUUGCACAAGAAACUCUUCAAACACUAUUAGAAAUGUUAAGAACGCUUCCUCAAUUUUUAUCAAUGUGGAAAUUAUUCAUCGAAAAUGUUAAAAAUCCAAAGUAUUGGAAUGAAAUGGGUGCUCUUCCGCCCGAUAGAAGAUUGGACAGAGUACAUGGAAUCGAUCAACAUUAUACAGAUAUCGAACUUGAUGAGAAAAGCUUCAAGGACGACGAGAAUCUCUUCUUAUUCUAUCGAACAUGUCGUGUUCAAUUAUCGAAUGUACUCGCGGCCUUUGCCCUUGCCGGUUGUACCAAGGAAGUCAUUGCACAUAAUUUGAAAGGUCCAUAUUAUUACGCUGCACAAGUGAUCAAACAAAUAUCCCCACAUCUUGCCGCGAUCCCACAUGCUGGCUCAACAAUUCAAAAAGGAAACGAGUACCUUGCUACAUAUCUGGAAGACAAAGAUCAUGAACUCAUCAGAAAUAAGUUAGAAAUAAUUUCCGAUUGUGGUGAUGUUAUUGAACAGAGCGACAUUGCACGUCGAGUGGCACGCCGAUUGGCCGAUCGAUAUCAAGAACAAUUAAAACGACUACAUAGAAGAAAUAAAAAGAUCAACAGAAGUUGCUAUGUAUGGUGCAUAAGCAAGUUACCAAAGAUUGAAUCACUUGAUGAGAAUGCACCGGCUAAACGAGUGGCUACCUUUGCUGUUAAUUACAUUAUUUCUGCCGUCACUAAUCAGACUAUUAAAAUAUUAAAAUUAAAAACGGUGAAGGACAACAAAGAUGUUCUUGUGGAAAUGCUGGUUCAACUUGCGUGUGGUGCUCAUGGAUCCUGUUGUUCUAUACCAAAAUGGUUUUAUGAUGAUCCUAAUCAAUACUUACCACUCAAACCAAUCUUGAAUAAUACUUCACCAGACCAACAGCAAUCAAUUUCUGAAGAACAGAAUCUUGAAGCUACAAAGUGUACCAUAACAACAACAACUAAUACUACCUCAACGCCAGAGCCUUCUGUAUCUAUCACCGAAUACUUUACUCUUUCCGAGUUUUUCCGAGCUCCUGGUCUGCGUUAUGAUCGUCAAGAGAAUCUUAACUAUGGAUUUGGCCUAAAACAAGAGCGAGAAUCUAAGGAGUCUGCCGAUGAAGAAGAAAAGAAUGGCAAUCUGAAAGUAGUGACCAGUCAGCCAAUAACAACAGUUGGUGCUAAUGCUACGAAACAGAAUGAAGAUCCCAAAGAUGGUGAACAAUGGGCAGAAUGUUCAUAUAUGAAAACAGAACACUACGGAUAUCGAUUAUGUAGUUCUCAAGAACUGAACUUUAUAAAAUACGAAUGGCAGAAUAGAAAAUGUUGUUGUUGUGCGUAUUAUGAUACAUAUUGUUGCUAA